AUUUAUUACUGAUAAUGGAGCACAGCUAAAACCGAAGUAUAAAAAAACUCAUCUGAUCAGUACACUGAACGUAUUCAACGCCUGCGCAACAGCAAUCAAGUUCACAUCAAUCCAGUAAGCGACUAUGAGUGAAACUAACGUGAAUUCAUCAGAUAACGACUUUAUCCUAUUAGAUGAUAACUCGAGUGUAACGAUGGUCAUAGACGAAAUAGUGCGUUCACCGCCACGUGAAAAUCCUUUCCAUAUUGUGGAUCUGGAUGACAUCGUACGGAAACAUCUGAACUGGCUUCAAAAAUUACCUCGAGUUAAACCGUACUACGCGGUCAAAUGUAACGAUGAUAAGGCCAUACUACAGACACUUGCUCUACUAGGAACGGGAUUCGAUUGUGCUUCCAAGGGAGAAAUCGAUAAGGUAUUGGAGCUAGGCGUAGAACAACAUAGGAUCAUAUACGCUCAUCCGAUUAAAUCGAUGGAAUCUCUAAAGUACGCAAAAGCUAAACAUAUUACUACAAUGACAUUCGACAACGAACUUGAAUUGGUGAAAAUUGCGCAAUUCUACCCAGAAUCUCAUUUGGUAUUACGGAUUCGGCACGAUUCGAACAAAGCGUUAGUUCCUCUGGGAAAGAAAUUUGGUUGUGAUACCAAAGUGGAAGGUCCUUGGUUGCUUGAAAAAGCGAAAAAACUGAACCUUAAUGUUGUGGGUAUCAGUUUCCACGUAGGAUGCGGAAGUUUGGAUGCGAAUAGUUUCUAUCAUGCAAUUGGUGCCGCGAAAGUAUUAUUCGAGCAUGCGUUAUCGAUUGGUUACAAAUUUUCUUUGUUAGAUCUGGGUGGAGGAUAUCCCGGAGACGCAGAGAAACCAAUCGAUGAAUUUGCAACAGCAAUAAACCGAGCACUAGACGAGUUUUUUCUCAAUUUCACUGACAUCCAAAUAAUUGCCGAACCGGGAAGAUAUUAUGUCGGUUCGGCUGUGCAAUUAUUCACGGUGAUUCAGGGAAAGAAAAUUGUCCGUGAUCCUAGUAACAAUUCUAGAGCUCAUCACGUGAUGUAUUAUCUCAACGAUGGAGUCUACGGGACACUGUUCGACUGGGUUAGUCUACGUGCAAUUAACGACUUAGAAAGAGCGUGGCCUGUAAUCACAAACUCAAAACGAGAUAGAGUCUUAUUGCCUACAACUAUUUGGGGUCCGACAUGUGAUGCGACAGAUAUCAUUUGCGAAAAUGUGAAUUUUCCGGAGCACCAAAUUGGUGAGUAUGUACAGUUCAAAAAUGUAGGUGCCUACGGUAUGACGUUUGCAACCAACUUUAACGGAUUCCCAAAACCUAACUUGGAGAUUUAUGUCAAACAAAAGACUUGGAAAUCGCUGCUCGCCCUCAAGAACAUUAACUGGAAGGACAAAACAUUAUUAUUAUUAGAGCAGUACGUUGAAACAUAGUUCAUUGAUGGCAGUACUUGGUUAAUUGAUUUUUUUAAUGUGUAUGUAGACCACAGCUUAUUUCAACCAACAAUUAAAACCCAACGCUCCCA